AUGCAUAACUUUGUGCCGGUUAAAGCACAUCUCAUGGAAAGGCAUAUAGAAAAUCAAGGAAAGAAGGACAAUACACAAAUUAUGAAAUGGAAGCCACCUCCUGCUGGCUUUGCGAAGAUCAACGUGGAUGUUGCUUUCAAGGCGAAAAGUCAACAAGGUGCUACUGGGGUGGUAAUUCGUGAUGAAAAUGGUCAUGUUCUAGCGGCUAAAUGCAAAUGGUAUGAUUUGAUUCCAAACAUUCUCACUGUUGAAGCCUAUGCUGCACGUGAUGGGGCUGUAUUGAUGAAUUUGCUGAAUCGACCAAAGGUGAUGUUGGAAACUGAUAGUUUAGAGUUGCAAUCCUUAUGGAGAAGUAAAGAUAAUAGCAGGUCGACUAUCCUGCCUGUUCUAAAUGAAGUUCAAGAGCUUAUGGGGAGAUGCAUGGUUUUUGAAUUAUCUCAUGUCAAAAGAGAGGCAAAUUCUGUAGCCCAUGAUCUUGCUAAGUAUGCCUCGAUUUCAUGUUUAGAGCGUACUUGGUUGUAUGAAAUUCCUGAAUGUAUUCUCCCAAGUAUCCAGCAGCAUGACUGUAACGGUGACGUUUAA